AUGGAAACCACUGCCCACCAAGGCUCAUUCCCAGACCGGUCCGAAGCCAAAGACCAACCUGUCAGUGCCGGUGCCGUGGAAAAUACACCCUUCUCAAAUCAAUCUCAUGACCGACAGAGCUCUGAUGGUGAAGAUCGAGAGUCCACUUGGAAACCCCGAUUCGACCGGCGACAGAGCUGGAGUAAUGAGGACCGCAAGCAUCAGUUGCAGGAGCGAUUGUUGAAUGUGGAAGGCAGCCGGGAGAGAGGAUUCAGCGAGACGGACCAUUUCGCUUAA